AUGAACAGACAGCCCACACGCGAGGAAAUCCAGCGCUAUCUCCAGCGCUGGCAGCAGCUUAAGGCGCAAUACGGUGACCAGGCGGUCAACGUGCCCGAGUUCAACCAAUUGACAAAGAUAAUACGUUACAUCCAAGUACAGAACAUGCAAAGACAACAGCAGGCGCAACAGACGCAACAGGCGCAGAUGCAGCCACAACAGCCUGCGGGACAGAUGCAACAGAAACAGCAAUACAUGCACAUGGCAGGAAAUAUGCCUCCAGCUAUGGGCAAUACCACCGGAAACAUGGCCACCGGGAAUGGUCAAUCAAAUCUUGCAGGAAGCGAGCAAGGACUAGGUGGCAUGGGAAUGAUGGGAAUGGCCCAGACACCCAUGCAGCAGACUCCACCCAGCAUGGCCCCUACACCAUCGAUGGCAGCACAGCCGACUCCGCGUUUUUCCCAGCAACGCAUGAAUCAGAACAACAUGCCGCUGGGUGCCCGACAAGGGCCACAGAUGGUAGCACAUCAGAACAUGACCAAUAACAUGGCAGGUAUGGGUGCUCAGGCAGGACGUCGCAUGAGUCAAGGUGUCGUCCAAGGCAUGGGACGUCACACGAGCCAAGAACCAACCCAGGGAUACAUGGGACAACCAAAUGGCGCAGUCAGCCCAAUGUCCGCCCAGCAGAUGCAACUUCUCAAACUGCAGAAUCAGGCUGUCAAGCUUUUGUUCAAAAAUCCAGGUCACAGUGGGUUUGCUCCUAUCCCACAGAACCUCAUAGACAUGGCUACCAACGAACGAAUGGCGUUUUCAACCGGGGACUCGGCACCUUCUGCACCCAUAUCAUCUGCAGCUCUGCCUCCGCAGCCUAUUGUAACCCCACAGGUACCUGCCCAGUCCCCACACAUGCCUUACCAGCUGGCUACACCUACCAGUACUAUGCGAGCCUCCCAUGGAGGGCUCCAGACGUCAACUGGAGCUGUCGAAGCCUCACAGCAGCCUGUGGCCACUCCACAGGACAGACCAGAUCCAAAAAAGUCUUCGGGUAAAAGAUUAUCCAAAUCGAAAUCCAAUACAACAACGCCAAAAACGGGCCACGCAUCGGUUCCUACCGGUACCCAGCCUAUUACGCGUCCAGCAGAACCUCCAAUGGAAUUUGGUAGUUUUUCUGACUCCGUUGAUGUAUCGAAGCAGCUUGUGGUGCCAAUCAGCAAACCAAAUGUGCAGGUGGAUACAUUCUCCCUACCCAAGGUCACAGAUGAUAGCAGUAAGCAGAUACCGUUCAACGGUUUGUACGCUGCUCAAAGCAAAAUACGCAUUCCUGCUGUGCUUCCGAACGCCGUAAAUGUGGACGAUAUUGUGAACACAAGAGAGGCGCUCAUUCUUGUUCGCGUCAAUGAGAGAAUGCAAGCUUUGAGAAAGGAUUUGGAUUCAGCUUCUAACGAUGACGAGAAAGAGCUCUUACUUGCUGAAUUAACACAACUCGAAUUGCUUGGGUAUCAAAAGGAAGUCCGGGGACUAAUUCUUUCCCAGUUGUGGUUUAGCAAGUCUUUGUUACCCAACUCACACCCCAAUUUUUUGGCAAAGUUUGCCGACUUAUCAGUGGAGAACGUCAUUGCAACAGAAGAGCUCUAUAAGCAGCAGCUCAAUUCUAUCGUUCAAGCACAAAACAGAAAACACCAGGAAACAGUCUACAAGAUUUUAUCUUUCAAUUCGAACAAGCGAGAGAAGCUUACUGCCCGUAAAGAAAAGAACGAUAGGUUGGCAAUCAAAAUCAACAGCUUCCAUUCGCAAACAGCAAAGGAGGAACAGAAGAAGUUGGAGAAGAUGGCAAAGCAACGUUUGCAGGCUUUGAGACUGAACGACGAAGAAGCUUACUUGAAAUUGCUUGAUCAUACAAAAGACACCAGAAUCACUCAUUUGUUAAAUCAAACUAAUCAGUUUUUGGACAGUCUUGCGCAAGCAGUGCAAACUCAGCAAAGGGAAUCGCAGCGUAAUGCUACGAGCAGCAACAGACCUGUUGAGGAUGAGGCUCCUCUAGAUGAGGAGAAGAGAGAAAAAGUUGAUUACUAUCAAAUUGCUCAUCGUAUAAAGGAAGAAGUCACUCAGCAACCAAGUAUAUUAAUUGGUGGCACCCUCAAAGAAUAUCAGCUAAAAGGCUUACAAUGGAUGGUUUCUUUGUUCAAUAAUCACUUGAAUGGUAUUCUUGCAGAUGAAAUGGGUUUGGGAAAAACUAUUCAGACGAUAUCUUUGCUUGCCUACUUAAGCGAGAAAAAACAAAUUUCGGGGCCAUAUCUUGUUAUAGUUCCAUUAUCCACUCUCACUAAUUGGAAUCUAGAAUUUGAAAAAUGGGCUCCUACAUUGAAAAAGAUUACUUACAAAGGUACACCUGUUCAAAGAAAAGUUAUGCAACAUGACAUCAAGCUGCUCAAUUUCCAGGUUUUGCUUACUACCUUUGAAUACGUAAUCAAGGACAAGAGUUUGUUAUCCAAAAUCAAGUGGGUACACAUGAUAAUUGACGAAGGACACCGGAUGAAGAAUACCAAUUCUAAACUCUCAGAAACCUUGACUCACUAUUACCACAGUGACUACAGGUUGAUUUUAACAGGUACACCGUUGCAAAAUAACUUACCAGAACUUUGGGCGCUUUUAAAUUUCGUGUUGCCGAAAAUCUUUAAUUCUGUCAAAUCUUUUGAUGAAUGGUUUAAUACACCAUUUGCAAAUAAUGGUGGUCAAGAUAAGAUUGAAUUGAGUGAAGAAGAGACGUUGUUGGUUAUCAGAAGAUUGCAUAAAGUCUUAAGGCCAUUUUUAUUGAGAAGAUUGAAGAAGGAUGUGGAGAAAGACUUACCAAAUAAAGUUGAAAAGGUUAUCAAGUGCAAGAUGUCCUCAUUACAAUCGAAGUUGUAUCGGAUGAUGUUAAAAUAUAAUGCGCUUUUUACCGGUGGUGGUACUGGCCAAAAGCCAAAUACCAUUAAAAAUGCCAACAAUCAACUAAUGCAACUCAGAAAAAUUUGCAACCAUCCAUUCGUUUAUGAGGAGGUUGAAAAUCUUAUCAACCCGCAGGCUGAAACAAAUGAUACCAUUUGGCGUGUUGCUGGCAAAUUUGAGUUAUUAGAUAGGGUCCUACCAAAGUUCAAGAAAACAGGACACAGAGUUUUGUUAUUUUUCCAAAUGACACAAAUUAUGGAUAUUAUGGAGGACUUUUUGCGGUUACGUGGUAUGAAGUAUAUGAGACUUGACGGUGGUACGAAAGCAGAUGAUAGAACUUAUCUCUUGAAUCUUUUCAACGAACCUAAUUCUGAAUACUUUUGUUUCUUAUUAUCUACGAGAGCUGGUGGGUUAGGAUUAAACUUACAAACAGCUGAUACUGUCAUUAUCUUCGAUUCGGAUUGGAACCCACAUCAAGAUUUACAAGCUCAGGAUCGUGCUCACAGAAUCGGUCAGAAAAAUGAAGUCAGAAUUUUGAGGUUGAUCACUGAAGACUCUAUUGAAGAAAUGGUUUUAGAGAGAGCAGUUGCGAAACUAGAAAUUGAUGGUAAAGUUAUUCAAGCAGGUAAGUUUGACAACAAGUCGACUGCUGAAGAACAAGAAGCCAUGUUGAGGGCUUUGAUGGAGAGAGAAGAAGAAAGACGGCAAAAGAACGAGGACAGUGAUGACGACUUGGAUGAUGAUGAACUUAACCAGAUUAUUGCCAGAAAUGACAACGAAAUUAAAGUAUUCCAAGAGUUGGACAGCGAAAGAGCCAUCGAAACAAAAAAUGCUUCAUAUAGCUCCCGACUUUUCACUGAGCAAGAACUUCCAGAAGUUUAUCAGAAGGACCCUGAAAUCUUUCACAAAACAGAGGAGCAAAUUAUUGAAGAGUAUAGCAGAGGCAGCCGGGAGAGAAAGACUGCUGUUUAUGAUGACAAUUUGACUGAGGAAGAAUGGCUUAAGAAAAUUGAAGGCGUGGUUUCAGAUGGAUCCGAUACGGAAUCUCUGUUGAAAAAGAAGGGACGUCCUCGCAGAAAGGAUUUGGACAGUGAAUCUGCAAAAAGAAAAAGAGAUGGCGACGAAGACGCUGGCGGAAAAAGAGCGCGGUCUGCUACUCCAGGAUCCCGCGGGAAGGGAAGGCCAAGGGUAGGAAGACCAAAGAUCAAAAGCUCAACUAAUAGAAACACGCCUACUGUUGAUUAUCUUGCUCCAGAGGAACGCCUUCAGUUGCAAAAUAAUAUGGACAUUAUUUACGGUAACUUGCUCGAUUACAAAGAGAACAACCGCAAAUUAAGUGAUAUGUUCAUGGUCAAGCCCUCCAAGCGCCUUUACCCCGACUACUACGUUUUGAUCAAACAUCCUCUCGCGUUGGACACAGUCAAAAAACGGAUUGGUAACAAAACAUACACUAACAUAAGGGAAUUUUUAGAAGAUUUGCAUAUGAUCUUCAGCAAUGCCCGGAUCUAUAACGAAGAAGGUUCCUUGGUUUAUAACGAUGCAACUACUUUGGAAAACUUGGCAAUUCUGAACUACAAAGAUUUAUAUGCUUCGGCCGAUGAAGAGGAGAAGGCACGAACCCUCGAUUUUAAAGAAUUCGAUGAUAUACAUCUGCUUAAACCGCUUGUUGGAGGAACCUCUGUGAAACAACCUGUGAACAAUUCCGUGCUCACUCCCGAUGACGACGGGAUAGACAUCAAUUCCUUUAUGAAAGGAGAUAGUUUUGGUGACAAUUUGCCAUUCUAA